CGACUGUCCUCUGUCCGUGUCUUCACACAGGACAUCUCUGCCGGAUCGCUACCUGCAGCGUCCGCCUCUCCUAGACUUAUCGUCUUCUUCCAGCUGCUUCUCAGCCUGCUGGCAGGUCUCUUUUGACGACCACCGCACGCGCAGAAAACAGAAAAACCCCAACUCCGCCAUCUACUUUAUCUCUUUGACAUUCAAUGAGCAAACCCUCGACUGCCUCAUUAUCGAAGAUUUCGACUCAGCUACCGCAAAAGUCUGCUUGGGCAAAGGGCCCGCCUCAAAAUACUUCGGCACCAUCACCUCGGUCGCAAUCUCCGGCACCUUCCGUUGCACCCCAACCCACACACUCGCGUCGCCCUAGUGCCCUUAGUGGUGGACCUGUGCAUACUAAGGACGGAGUCAGCAUACCUCGGAACAAUGUUGGAGCUGUAAAACCAAGCUCGGCUGUUACGUUUGGCUCUAUAGACGACGCUUCUGCACCCAUAUCCUCCUCCCCAACCGCUGCGCCUACAAUCAAAUCCGAAAAUGUCAAGUCUUUUGGGACGCUCCCAGCUCAGGCCAAUAUCGGAACAAUAAACGGCAAACCAUCGAUGACAAAGCCGACAGUGGCCAGUGGACCGACUGCAUCGACAUCUGCGGCGGUUUCCUCUCCAUCUCCAUCCUCUUCGACACCACCCCCUACAAAAAUUAGUAAGGUGGAUGUCAGAAAACUCUUCCAGACCGCAUCGUCCCCCGCACCUCCCUCACAACCCGAAACGCCCUCACCUUCACAACGCACCUCCAACCUUCCUCCCCAAUCCUCUCAGCCGCCUCCAAAUGGUGGACAGCCUCCGUCGCAACCAUCACCCAUGGGCGCCCACCCUUAUCCGCCUCCAUUCGUGCCCCAGAAUGGUAUGCGACCUCCACCCCAACCGAACACCGGCGGCCCUCCUCCCAGGUCGCCAGUAUACUCUCGACAACCGAUGGCCAAUGGGAAUGGACCCAGACCAUCGAAUGGACCCAACGGUCCGGGCGCUCCGUCGCAGAUGCCGUCCGGUAUGGGCAGUCCGCGAAUGUCUCAGCACCCGCAGCCUGGGAUGCCAGCGCCUGGAAUGCCUCCCGCACCAAUGCAACAGCCAAUGUGGCAGGGUUACUAUUAUCCAGGCAUGCCUCCAGAUGCACAGUUUGUUCCGUAUCAGCAUAACUGGUACGGUAUGCCUCCCCAGCACGGCAUGCCACCUCCCAACCAAUCGAUGGGCCCGCCCCCCGUGCCGGCUCCCCACAACCCGAUCCCCAUCUCUCCACGAAAUCACCCCAUCCCCAUCCAUAGUGGACCCGGGACACCGACACCUGCUGCAGCUGUUCCCACUGGCCACCAUCAGGCACCUUCACUACAACACACGCACUCGACGGCGUCCAGUGGACUUGCUUCUCCGCCUCCCACUCCGUCUUCGGUCCGGUUGAAUACGAAUGCAAACGCCUUCGUGCCCGGCAACAACCCGCGCAAGCCCGGCGGCAAAAUCUCACUUAAGAGCGCCGACGGGACCGAGAUCAACCUGGAGAAGUUCAAGCAGAACCAGACACCUUCCUCGGUUGCAUCGACACCAAGCGUGACGUCAUCUCCUCUGCCUAAUCCAGGACAUGUUCCACGCAAGUCUGUUCAGAUCCGGAUGGAGUCUGAAGAGGACAAGAAGAAGCGCAUGGAGGAGGUCGCUCGUCUGAAAGCCGAGUCUGAGGAGAAGGAACGCAAGGCCAAGGAGGAGCAAGCUCGCAAGGAGGAGGAGGUAGAGAACGAGAGAAAGAGGAAGGAAGAGGAGGAGCGGCUCCGAGUGGAACAGCUGAAGAAGGAGGAGGAGGCCAAGGCUGAGGCUGAGCGUAAGGAGAAGGAGGAGAAGGAGCGCAAAGAGCGGGAAGAGAAGGCCCGCAAAGAGCAAGAGGAGAAGGAUCGCCUCGAGAAGGAACGCUUGGAGAGGGAGAAGGAAGAGCAAGCACGAAAGGCAGAAGAGGAGGCCAGGUUGAAGAAAGAGCAAGAGGCUGCCGCUGCCAGCAUUACCUCGACUGUGCAGACAGAUGAGCCCGCCACGAUCGAAGAGGAAGAAGAGGGCGAGGUUCAGGAAAUCAGCAAACCCGAUGAGCUGGCUGCAGCCGACGCUUCUCCCUCCAAGGAUAAGAAGGAAUCGCUCCGAAUCGACACUGCUCCCUCCGAACCACUGCGUCGUCGCCCAGGUCCUCUCGAUCUCUCCGGUGCAUUCAAGCCCAAUAUCCCGAGCGCCCUUCCCUCUGCCCUCGCCACAGCACGUAUCAUCGAUGACAUCAACCGCAUCCAAUAUCCCGACAAUAUUCAGAGCCCUAAGCUUGAACUCAACGUCCACGCCAAGGACGGCAAGUUCAGAUACGAUCGGGAUUUCCUCCUCCAGUUCAUGUCUAUUUGCAAAGAGAAGCCUGACAAUCUCCCACCUUUGGAUGCGAUUGGUAUUGGCCCAGCAGACCAGAACGCAAUGACGCGGACGUCAUCGCGAGGAGGAACGCAUCGGUCCGGGCGAACACCCUCAAUUUCCAGUGCGUCAGGCGCUGGAGGGGGUUUCCCAUUCAGCGGGAAGACGGGCCCGGGCUACAGUGGCAUGGGCAACUUCGGUUCUACUGGCAAGACCAGUCAGGAACGAUACGAGAUGGCCAACGCCAUGCGCGCCGCCAGUGGCUCCGGGAUCCCUCCGUUCGGGCGGCCAGCGCCAAUGACCCGAACAAGCAGCCAGCCUGGUAUCAGCUCCGGCUUGAGCAAUAACAAGCGGACGCGCAGCAAGCGAGGCGAGACGAGGGACAAGAACAGCUCUGGUUCUCAGCACAACUCCAAUUUUUCUACUCCGCUCGAGAAUGUGGCACCUCUACAAGUCACUGCCAACCGAUGGGAUCGCAAGGCUCUGGGUGGUAUCGAUCCGGAUUCACCCGAAAUCGUUGAUCGCAAGGUGAAAUCGUUGUUGAACAAAUUGUCGAUGGAGAAGUUCGACUCGAUUUCGGACCAGAUCAUCGAGUGGGCGAACAAGUCUGAGAAGGAGAAGGAUGGGCGCACGCUUAUUCAAGUCAUUCGACUUGUGUUCGAGAAAGCAACCGACGAGGCCACCUGGUCUGAGAUGUAUGCUCGACUGUGUCGCAAGAUGAUGGAGCAGAUCAGUCCCAAAGUGCAGGAUGACGGAAUCAAGAACGCCGAUGGCAAGCCCAUCGCGGGUGGCCAGCUCUUCCGCAAGUAUCUCCUCAACCGUUGCCAGGAGGACUUUGAACGUGGCUGGGUUGCGAAAGAGGCCACGGCUGCAGCUGCAGCCACCAAGGCUCUGGAGGACAAAGCCAAGGAGACUGCUGUGACCGAGGCUGGAACGAACCCUGACGAGAUUGUCCUCUACUCUGACGAAUACUACGCUGCGCAAAAGGCAAAGCGACAGGGUCUUGGAUUGAUCAAGUUCAUCGGAGAGCUGUUCAAACUGCAGAUGUUGACAGAGCGGAUUAUGCACGAGUGUAUCAAGAAGCUGCUGGGCAACGUCGAGAACCCCGAGGAGGAGGAAAUCGAGAGUCUGUGCAAGCUCAUCUCGACUGUCGGACAGCUUUUGGACAGCCCCAAGGCCAAGGCGCAUAUGGAUGUGUACUUCUCGCGGAUGAAGGAACUUGGCAAGAGCAACAGCGUCAGCUCCCGAAUGCAAUUCAUGUUGCAGGAUGUCAUCGAAUUGCGCGACCGAAAGUGGACCACACGAUCUCAGAUGGCCCCUCCAUCGACAAUCUCACAAGUCCGAGACGGCGGUGCGAAGGACCUUUCUGCGGCCGAUAAAGAUGCAAACUAUCGGCAAGCAAGCAUGUCGCGCGGAGGAUCCCGUCGCGGUGGUGAUCGCAAUGGUGAAUUUGCCGGGCCCGGGCCCGACGGUUGGACCAACGUCAGCAACACACCUCGACUACCAUCCAAGGCUGGUGAUCUAUCCAACUUUGGGAAGAUCAGCAGCGGCGGCAAGGGUCUUCCUGCGACCUUUGGUCCGAGCAAUGUCUUUUCUGGUCGUAGCAAAGAGAGCAAGCGCGAGUCGGCUUCUGUCUCUCGUGCUAGCUCCAUGAGUUCAAAUAUGUUCUCCAUGCUGAGCCAGUCCGAGAGCGCUGAAGUCAAGGCGGCGACUCCAGAACCUCCAGCGCAGAGGCGCAAGCUCGUUCUUGCACCCCGGACGAAACCCACAGAGGGGUCAACAGCAGAAGCGACCCCUGUGGGCUCCGACGAUGGCUCCGAGGACGAGGAAUCUGCCGCUCCGCAGAUGGACGAGGCAGCUGCCAACACGAAGAUCUCCGAAGACUUGAAAGAGUUCUUCGCCGUUAAGAACCUGGACGAGGCCGAGGUUUACUUCACGGCACUGCCGCCGGUCCACCAUCACUUGUUGGUCGAGAAGCUGGCCGGCAAGGCCGUCGAGUCGAAGCCUGCCGACGCCCAGCUCGUGGCUGACUUGUUCGUUCGCGUCUCGGAGAAGAAUCUGUGCACUCUGGAUGCCUUCGAAGAGGGUUUGGCUGUUCUCGUCGAGAUCCUCGAGGACAUCGCCAUCGAUGCUCCGAAGGCUCCAAACAACAUGGCUGCGAUCAUCAAGUCGAUUCCGUUCGAUGCUGACCGGAGGACUGAGCUUGCAAACAAGUCAAUGGAGCCGGAGAAGCUUUUGGAGUUAUUAGCAUAGACUGCCGUCAUCUACUCAUCAUCGUCAGCCGUCAUAUUUUCGACCCUUCUGAAUCUCUCAUUGCAUUUCCUCUAUUCGUGGUUCUGCAUUAGCACGCAUUGUAUAUAUCCUACGUAGUAAAUGAGCCAACGCUUGAAGCAGACUUCGCAAGAGAAUCAUGACGUCAUGUAUCUCUUUGAUGAUCUUCGGUCGUGAUCUGAAAUCUUCUCCCUGAGCUCGCGGUCGCGAGCCCCGCGAAACGUCGAAUGCGCUCGACCUGGCGGAGUUUGACCAAACAUCUCAACUUUUACCGAGUCCACAUCUUGUUCUUCACAUUCACACCCCUCAUCUUUUCAGGGAUCUUCUACGCCUCCAAUGGUCACACGCACAUAUCUUAUAUCGACGCGCUUUACAACUCCGUCAGCGCGAUGACCGUCUGUGGGCUUGCUACGGUCGAUCUAAGCUCGCUCACGGCCUGGCAACAAGUCAUCCUGUUCAUCCAGAUGUGCUUGGGGAGUCCUGUUGUCGUAUCCUGGGUCAUGGUGUACCUCCGUCGGUAUUACUUUGCCAAGAAGUUCAAGCACAUUAUCGCUGCAGCAAGCGCCCGGAUCGAUUCACUUGAGGCACGGGGUAACGCACCGCCUCAAUGGACGCGCCGCUUCAGCACGCUGCUGUCGCGCAAAACGAUGCUGUCGGCGGUGGAGGAGAUGAGCAAGGAGGACCUGGCGGCGGUCAAGGCAAAGAAGAAGAAUACCAAGGGACUCAUGGGUUCUGUACGCAAGCUUCGCCCCGAUAUGAUUCGGCGCAUGGAUCAACCUCCGCAACUGGUUAAUCCGAGCGGCUGGAUUAGUGACGCAGAAUCGGCGCAGCGGCACGCCAAAGCGGAAGGCGAGAAAAAAGUAGAUGACCCCCCGGAUGUAGAGGAUAUCCCUCUGGAGGAGCACGUUGCCCCCGAAUCCAAGGGCACACGCCCACAGCAUUUGUCGUUCACAGGAACGAUGGUCUCGAGUCCUGAGCCUAUCUCCGAGGAGCCGACACCUCUGCAAACACCAUCGGCUGGCGAGCGAUCGGAGGUCUCACUGCGUCCCCCGCGAAGUCGAAGACUCUCUGAUCCCGGUCGAACCACGCCGGUGCCCGCCUCUCCCGUCACCAACUCGUUUCCGCGAUCUGACACCGUAGCGAUGGGUGCGCUGUUCCCCCGAACCCAAACGGUCGAAUUCGCGCCUGGAACACGGCGUGAUCGAACACACCGGCUUUCGACAUUAGACUACGAGUCUUCCGUGAACUCUCGGCGCUCCCAGCGAAUGAGCAGCGGAAUGCAGGACGGACCGCCAUCCAACAUCGGCCGCGGUGCGAAACAUAGCGGGUUCGGGGGCUUUCCUAUGCCCCUCCAGAUCGCCCAGGAUCUGCUCACACGAUUUUUUCCCAAGUUGGAACGUAAACUGACCCGAACGUUGACAUUGCCGCCGACGAUGACGCUGGCUUCUCGGGGCGGUGGGGACAGUGGCCUGGGCAUCAAGCCUGCUCCAUACAUUUCGUUUGACGCGAUUGUUGGACGGAACUCUCUGUUCAAGGAACUGACGGCCGAACAACAAGACGAACUAGGAGGCGUCGAGUACCGGGCACUGAAUGCUCUGUUGUGGAUUGUUGCUGGGUAUCACAUUGGGAUUCAGCUCGUCGCUUUUACGGUCAUCGCUCCGUACAUUUCGACACCGCGAUGGGCUGCUAACUUUGAGACUCCUAUGCAACACAGUCGUAUCCGACCGGCGUGGUUUGCCUUGUUCCAGGUUGUCUCCGCAUACACGAACACAGGCAUGUCUCUGGUUGAUCAGUCCAUGGUCCCCUUCCAAGAAGCCUAUGCAAUGAUCGUGUUUCUGGUCGUUCUCAUCCUGGCUGGGAACACGGCAUUUGUGAGUUAUUUUGAUCUACCGUCCCUGACCACACUGAAUCGGCCAAGCCUAUCUUGUGAGGCUACUCAUUCAAGCCUGAUCGCCGCUAAUCUCACCUUAUCUGGUCCAGUCUUCGAUUCCUCAUGUGAGGUUUGCUAUAACGAGAACACUGGGAUACUGACUCGCGUCUUCAGCUGGAUUCUGUCCAAAUUUGUGCCCAAAUCAUCGAGAUCUGGCGAAACCCUCCGAUUUCUUCUGGACCACCCGCGGCGAUGCUUCAUUUACCUCUUCCCUUCACAUCAAACGUGGUUCCUGGCGACCGUCGUUCUUUUCCUCAAUGUUACGGACUGGUUCUUCUUUAUGGUGCUGGACAUUGGCAAUCCUGCCAUCGAAAGCAUCUCUUUGAACACCCGGUUUGCUAUUGGGCUGCUGCAAGCUAUUGCCGUCCGCGCUGCCGGUUUUGGGACUGUGGCACUCUCUGCGCUGGCCCCCGCUGUCAAGGUGUUGUAUCUCAUUAUGAUGUACAUCAGUGUCUAUCCCAUCGCCAUGAGUGUUCGAUCAACGAAUGUGUACGAAGAACAGUCGCUGGGCAUCUUCCGAGAUGGCGAACCUGAGGAAGACGAAUGGAAUUUUCAGCCGCACGGCGAAAGCAGAAUGACGGUCUGGAGCAGCUACUUGGCCAUGCAUGCCCGUAAGCAGCUGGCGUUUGACAUGUGGUGGCUCGGUCUAGCUGUCUUUCUCGUCUGUAUCAUCGAGGUGUGCUACGAUUAUCUCAGUGUGAGCUAUUGCGUAUUGAGAUUGGACCAGCGGAGCAGCAUCGACAAGGAAGAAAACUUUGGUUGGUUCAACAUCUUCUCAGUGGUGUUUGAGCUUGUCUCUGCGUAUGGAACUGUUGGGCUCAGUCUUGGGAUACCCACACAAAACUACUCUUUUUCUGGUGCAUUUCGGCCAUUAUCCAAGCUGAUCGUCUGUUUCGUCAUGAUACGAGGCAGGCAUCGCGGCUUACCCGUCGCAAUCGAUCGGGCAGUCAUGCUCCCGUUCGAGUUUGCAGGGAAAGAUGCGGAAGAAGAAGAAAACCGCCAUGAGCACAACGACGAAGAUCCGCGGGAACACACGUUCUCCGCGUCCAGUGCCAGGAGCCGGCCAGACGAUGCGGAGUGGCGGCUACGGAAAACAGCCCAUCGCCAGAGCCAUGAAGAGGUGAAUUUGUCAGCAGCCCGUAGGAAUGCGGCCAGGCUCGAUCGGGACAGUGAUAAAUAGUUCUAAUAAUCGGAUACCCUGGCAUAUAGCUUCGAUAAUGUGUAACCUGUACCUGUAUCUCUACAUCUUCUUUUUGC